UGGAUCUGACAGUUGCACAUAGCGGAACGUUUAUCGCAUCUAGGCUCAGACAAACGGCAGGAGCCCUCCGGUUUUUUAUAUCCGAUACGGUUCAACUGAAAACGGGAUUUCUUAUUUUAAAACGACUCAAGUUGUUGUCAUAUUUUUUCUACCGUUUGCAAAUGCUUCAAGGGUUCACCUUUGAGUGCCGCUCUGCCAUGAUGUACGGUUUGGCUCGCUAACGUUAGCCGGGGAGCUAGCAUCCACAGUUCGGAGAAAGUAACGGAGUACGCGUUUCUUCGGCUACUUGGGAGUCGUCAGAGGGAAUUAAAACAUGGAGAAAAUGAAAGAGCUAUGCCACUGCCUCCAGGACCCUCACCUUGUCGCCCGCUUUCAGAACAUUUGCGGGGUACGGGGCACGUUUACGACCACCGGCAGCAGCAAGGUAGCGGACCGGGCUCACUCGCACAACAACGGCGCUUGUCAUCAUCGCGUCGCCGGAGAGGAUGACCGUGAAAACUUGUCCAAUGUAGGAGCUGGGGAAGGAGAGAAAAUGCAAACGGCGUCAGCGAAGCGUCGGAGAAGGAUGGCGGACUCUAACGUUGCAAAUAAUUUUAAAGAUGAAGGUGAAACCCUGUCACAGAACGGGACAGCGGUGUCUGCGGCGACCGCCGGGGGAGAGAGGGUUGGUGUGGGCAGAAGCCUCGCGGGACCGGGCGUCCGCAGCGGGUCCGCGCAAGAUUUAUCCCGGGCAGCCGAUUGUGAGGAGAGCCAGGUCGGAGGAGUCUUGGGUCCCCCAAGGAGCAGCAAGGUAAAGCCACUCCGCAAGAAUUCUCUAACGGGCGACGACGGGCAGGAGUUCCUGAUCGACAACCGCCUCUUGUACUAUCUCUUCACUUUCGGAACCGAGCUGGGAAACGAGACUUUCUACAUCACUUUCUUCCCAUUCAUAACGUGGAACGUGGACGCCUUCGUCAGCAGGCGACUGAUCAUGGUGUGGGUCUGGGUCAUGUACCUGGGACAGUGUACCAAGGAUGUGCUCGGCUGGUCCCGACCGGCCUCACCGCCUGUGGUCAAAGUGGAGGUGUUUUACAACUCCGAGUACAGCAUGCCGUCCACGCACGCCAUGUCCGGCACAGCCAUCCCCUUCGCCCUGUACUUCAUGACCUACGGCCGUUGGGAGUACCCAUCCCCACUGGGAUUCAUCUUGGCUCUCUGCUGGUGUCUGCUGGUUUGUUCCAGCCGAAUCUACAUGGGAAUGCAUUCGGUGCUGGACGUCAUCGCUGGGUUUCUGUACAGCAUCCUCAUCCUGUGUUUCUUCCUGCCGAUACUGGACCUGAUCGAUGGCUUCAAUUUGACCUGCCGCUACGCUCCAAUCAUCAUCAUCUCCCUCCACGCGGGUCUGGGCCUCUUCUCCUUCACCCUGGACACCUGGAGCACCUCUCGUGGUGACACCGCUCAGAUCCUGGGCACUGGUGCCGGCAUUGCCUUGGCUUCCCAUGUCAACUACCACCUGGGCCUGAUGCCCGACUUGACACCAGACCAGCUUCCCCUCAGCAUGCCCGCACUUAGCCCCAGCCUGGUGGCUGUUGUAAUGUUGCGGCUCGUUGUGGGAGUGCUGGUGCUGUUGGCCACGCGGGCGCUGAUGAAGGCCAUCACCAUCCCACUGGUGUGCAGAGCGUUCAGAGUGCCCACUGAUGACCUGAGGAAGGCCCGGCAGCACAUGGAGGUGGAGCUGCCUUACCGCUACAUCGUCUACGGGACAGUGGGCUUCAACGUGAUCUUCCUGGUCCCGCUGCUCUUCAGCUACAUGCAGCUCUCCUGAUUGGAUGUUACUUGAGUGUGUGGCCAGUCAAAGUGAAGUAAAAACCUAAAUGCUGUCAUCAGAUCAGUUUUGCUGCUUGUUUUCAUCCACAGCCUAAUCCCUAGCUGGGGUUUGGGACUGAUGAAGGUACAUUAAAGCCUAAUUGCUGAUCUGGA